AUGGCGCAAUGGUCCAAGCUUGCCGCGGCCUCGCGCGUGCUCCGCCGGAGCACGACCAUGAAGGCGCCGCUCCUGCGCGCCUUUAGCUCGGCGCCGCACCCGUCCGAGUCGUUCAUCAACGGCACCAACAACGUCUACGUCGAAGAGAUGUACCGGUCGUGGACCAAGGACCCGUCGAGCGUGCACAAGAGCUGGGAUGUCUACUUUCGCCAAGUCGACCAAGGCGCGGUGCCCGGCGAGGCCUUCAUUCCGCCGCCGACGGUCCAGGCCGGCGUGACGCCGGUC